AUGUUUCUCUCAUCUGUCACUAUCGAAGGGCUUCUCGCAUUAAGGCUGUAUUUUGUUCCUGAUUGGGACGACACAUAUUUCUGUGCUUCGUCCAGCUUCCUCGUCUUUCCUGGCAUUCCUAUCCAUGCAAGUCGAGAUCUCAUCGAUUACAAAUUAGUGAGCAAUGCCCUGAGAAGGCCGGAGCAAGAACCAGGCCUGAACACAGCAAAAAGAGCUACGAGCGGAAUAUGGGCAUCUACCAUCAGAUACAGAGAAGGAAUAUUCUACGUGGUAACUUCCUUGGUUUACGAUGACUACCCGAAAAAUGCAAGAAAUCGAUUUGACAGCUUUGUGAUUACCUCAACAGUUUGUUCUGCUUCUUGGUCGAACCCUUUUCACUUCAUCGACGAUGAUGGGCAACUGUACAUCGUCGGAACACACGUUUGGGAAGCGCAGCCGGGAAUUCAGAUGGUCACUCUGGACUUGAAGACUGGAGCAAUUGGACCAUAUAUCAAUAUUUGGAAUGGGAGUGGAGCGAGCGCACCUGAAGGUCCCCAUAUCUACAACAAAGAUGGGUAUUAUUAUCUCCUCAUUGCCGAAGGCGGAACAGGCUCCGGCCACAUGGUAACAACGGGGCGCUCAAAGAACAUCAAUGGGCCUUAUGAAUCUAAUUUAUUUCAACAUUCUGAUGAUAAUUGGUGGGCCGUUGCACUGUCUGUCCGCCAAGUUCCAGAUGGAAGCUAUCCGAUGGGUCGCGAGACUUGGCCAGUUUUCACCAAAGUCAGUGCCAACAUGAACAGCUGGCACCUCGAGCCCGAGGACCCACUUGAAGAUGGUGAAGGAUCUCUGGUUGUUUCAUCGGCACACUUGGACUUCCCACCCGGCUCAAACUUGUCUCUCGAGUUCGUCCACUGGCGUUUCACCGCCAAUGGAAGUUACAUUGUAUCACCACCCGGACAUUCGAAUAGCUUGCAACUUGCAUCUUCUUUGUCCAACUUGACGGGAGCAGACGGUCGCUCUGCUGAGCUGAAAGGACAAACCUUCAUUGCUCGACCACUCCAAGAAGCAGAGGUUGGCGUAACUGUCUUCUUGGAUCAAUUGCACCAUUGGGACCUUGGAAUCGUCAUGAGCUCAAAUUCAACCUCAACUGUUACAGCCAGUUACAAAAGACCGUCUUCCAACAUAACAAACCUGGUGCCAUAUCUCAGACUUCGAGGCAUCACCGCAGUCCCGAGUUUCAUCUUUCAUGAUUUGGCUAUUGUAUUAUGGCCAGCAGCAUGGAAGAAUAGGAUCACGUUGGAAAUCAGAAUAAGCAACAUUACGCACUACACAUUUUCAGCAGGCCCUGCCAGCAGCCAGAGCUAG